UUUCACAGAUAUAUUUUCUUCCAGAGUUUUCUUCUCUAUGCACUGUGCCUGCUCUGAAUUCCUCUCCCUGUUUCUUGGUGGGUGGAGGGGGGCUCUGUCUUUCAUGAGACCUGUCUUGGAUCUCCCUCAAAACCAGGCACGUGGCACUUCUGUGUCCAUGGUGAGAGUGGCCUCCGGUGACCCAAGGAAACCUGGUGUUGGUCAUUGUGUGUCGAAGACCAGCUCCGGGAGAAUGUUGGGUCGGGUGUCCCUGAAAGGAUGAGAUGGCCUAGGCCAAACUUGAGGGUUGAGGGGCAGGGGAGUGAGGCAGACACAGACACUCUUAUACUGGUGAAAGUAUCUCCUGCAGAGGGUCUCAGCGGGUCUUUAUUUAUGCAUUAAGGCAAGUGGUGGGAUUACAUGUCGAAUGCAUAGAAGCAAAACAAAAACAAUCAGUACAUUCCUUUCCCAUAGACAUUUUGGCGCCUACGUGUUUUUGAGAAAAGACACAACCUUAAACGUUAAUAGAUAAUUAAAACUUAGACUCAUUAUUUCAGCCUAAACAACUACCUAGGUCAGCUAAUAGUCCUUGGUACAUCCCUAUCGCCAAGGCUACAGUAUCAGGAGACUCCUCUAUCUAUAUGGCCUGCAGCUAGAGGCCAGUUGCUUCCCACUAAUCAGUUGUUAGAACUUUUUGCUACCUAGAAACUCCUAGCGUAAUCAACUUUAUGAUUCAUGACAAGGCUUCUCUACGGAACUCCCAUAUAAGGAAUGUUAUGGCCAGCUCUGGGUUGCUUAUCAAGCAUGGCCUUGCACAAUAAUUAUUUCCCAUUGUCAAGUGGGCCAAGUUAUUCAGUGUUUAAUUUUUAAGCAAGUAAUUCUCCGUGCCAUGUACUUACAGUAUUCUUACACGUACAACAUUUUUUGUCCAAUGUAUUUGCCGAGAAGUUUUUUCUUGUUAUGACCAAGAACAAAAAACAAAGGGAUGUUCAGUCUUCAGCCCCACAGUGUGAGGCCCUUUUCUUAACUGCUUGCCAGCGUCUUACCUGGGGCAGGAAGGCCUCCUGCAGCAAUUGUGGGUGCUGCUGCCUCUUGGGAUCUUCAGGUCUUGUUUUCUUAGGUCAGAUAAGUGGUUUUAGAGAGGCUGUGCCUGGACACCCACCUGCCAGUGACAUGGGGGCCCAGUGGGAGGUGUGCCUGGGAGCUGCUUCCCCUCAGGUGCCUCCCGCGCCUCUCCCACCGGCACUCCCACCUCUUGUUCUCCUUCUCUCUUUUCUGCCCGUCACAUUGGGCAGUAUGCACCUUAAGAUCCUGAAGAAGAGGCGCAAAACGUUCCAGUAAUGCUUGGAAGUGACCUGUGAGGUGCCUCCGGGAACCAUGCCGUCAUCAGGACACCGUCUCCGCGAUAUUGAGCACCACCCUCUCCUGGCUGAAAAUGACAACUGUGACUCUUCGUCCUCCUCUUCCUCUGAGGCCGACGUGGUGGACAGAGUGUGGUUCAUCCGCGACGGCUGCGGCAUGAUCUGCGCAGUCAUGACGUGGCUUCUGGUUGUCUAUGCAGACUUCGUGGUGACAUUUGUCAUGCUGCUGCCUUCCAAAGACUUCUGGUACUCUGUGGUCAACGGAGUCAUCUUUAACAGCCUAGCGGUGCUCGCCCUGUCAUCCCACCUGAGAACCAUGCUCACCGACCCCGGCGCGGUACCCAAAGGCAACGCGACGAAAGAGUACAUGGAGAGUCUCCAGCUCAAGCCCGGGGAGGUGAUCUACAAGUGCCCCAAGUGCUGCUGCGUCAAGCCCGAGCGCGCCCACCACUGCAGUAUUUGCAAACGAUGUAUUCGGAAGAUGGACCAUCACUGCCCGUGGGUGAACAACUGUGUCGGCGAGAAGAACCAGAGGUUUUUUGUGCUCUUCACGAUGUACAUCGCGCUGUCCUCCGUGCACGCGCUGGUCCUCUGUGCGCUGCAGUUCGUCUCCUGUGUCCGCGGGCAGUGGACUGAGUGCAGUGACUUCUCGCCUCCCAUCACCGUGAUCCUGCUGAUCUUCCUGUGCCUUGAGGGGCUCCUGUUUUUCACGUUCACUGCAGUCAUGUUUGGCACGCAGAUCCACUCCAUCUGCAACGAUGAGACGGGCUUCUCCCACUGCUGCUGCAAACCAGAGGGACCUGGGAGACCGUCCUGCCCGGGACCGGAGCUGGCGGAGGCCUUCGGGGCCGAGUCACUGCAGAGAGGCUGCGGCAGCGGGGGUGUGUGGCAGCUGGAGGGGCAGCGACAGCUCGUGGGUGCCCAGCAGACGGCUGCGUUGCCAGAGAUUGUUUUGCAUAUUCAUUUGCACAUCCGUUGUCUGGGGUGGGCGUGUGUGGGCUUCCGCGGGAGGCUUGAAAUCAAUGAAAAAUGGUGGGCCUGGGUGACUCCUGUGAGAUUGGCCAAGUAUGUGCAGGUCAGGUGGACUGGACUUUCCAACCUCCUCUUUCAGUGUAACUUUUAUAUGAAAUAAAGUCACCAAUUGACAGUUGUCAGUUGAUGAAGUGACACUGUUGUUAAUGGAUUUGUC